AUGGUUCGAUCUCCCAAGAGCGUGUCAGAGACCUGUGAUCCCAGCCCCGUCCGGCAGGAACAAAUUCAUCGAAAGUAUGCUGAGGAGAGGUCAAAACGACUGCGGGCCGAAGGUGUUGGUCAAUAUGUGAACCUCAACACCACUGAUGACCUGCGGUUGAAACGGUUCUUACAUGAUCCGUGGGAUCAGCGCGCUGAAUCCCCAAUCCGGCUCCAACCAGGUGCUCGAUACAAGAUAGCCAUCAUGGGCGCGGGAUAUGGAGGGCUACUAUAUGCCACACGGUUGCUCGACUCCGACGCCGGCUUGGAACCCCAAGACCUAGUCAUCAUUGAUACUGCGGCUGGAUUUGGAGGGACUUGGUACUGGAACCGCUACCCUGGGCUCAUGUGCGAUACCGAGAGUUACAUCUACAUGCCCCUGCUGGAAGAGACCGGCUACAUUCCCAAACAUAAGUACUCAUACGGAGAAGAGUUGCGGGAGCACGCCGAGAGAAUCGCCAAGCAGUGGAAAAUCGACGACCGGGCUAUUUUUAGAACUGAGCUGCAUCGGUGUACAUGGAAUGAUGACCGCUCCGAAUGGAUUGUCGAUCUGACACAGCGGUCACCUUCCCCCGAUGGCGUAUCCACGAGCGGCACAAUCUCCGCGGGCUUUGUGAUACUCUCCCCGGGCUUGCUAAAUAGGCCAAAGCUUCCCAGAAUACCUGGCCUAGGGACAUUCAACGGACCAAACUUCCUCGCCGCCAGGUGGGACUACGCCGCAACCGGAGGCAGCCCAUCGCGUCAAGAGCUCGACCAGCUGCAGGAUAAGAAGGUGGGCAUCGUAGGGACCGGAGCCACUGCCGUGCAGAUAGUACCCGUGCUAGCCAAAUGGUGCAACCAACUUUACGUCUUCCAGAGAACCCCCGCGUCGGUGGACGUGCGUGGCCAGCGACAGACGGAACUGGAUGAGUGGGCGUACAAGAUACGGACUGGUCCAGGUUGGCAACAGACCCGACGUCGCAACUUCCUGGCGUUUGGAGCCAACACCGAGCCCAGCGAGCCGGUCGACAUGGUAUCGGACGGAUGGACUCGCUUUCCAUCCUACUGCGUCCUGACCGGAUGUCCCGCCGCAAUGAACGUGACCAUGGAGACAGCCACGGAGUACAUCUCCGAGAUGCAUCGACUUGACCUCAUUCGGUCUGAUAUAAUCCGCGAACGGGUCAGCGCCGUCGUUAAAGACGAGAUCACGGCUGCGAAGCUCAAGGCCUGGUACCCGGGCUGGUGUAAACGGCCCACGUUCCACGACGAGUACUUGGAGGCGUUUAACAGACCCAACGUGCACCUCAUCGAUACAGACGGCCGGGGUCUAGACCGUAUCGUUGACACCGGGAUAAUAGCAAAUGGGAAGAUGCACGACUUAGACCUCAUUGUGUUCUCAACUGGCUUUGAGGCCGGCACGUUUGGCAGUCCUGCGCAGCGCUGCGGCGCGCAGGUCUUUGGUCGCGGAGGCAGGUCAAUGGAUGCCAAAUGGGCGGACCCAAGAACUGCGGAUAGUCAGAUAUCUCUAACGGUGCAUGGAAUAUGUGCCAGGGACUUCCCCAAUAUGUUUUUCACCAGCAGCAAUCAGGCCGGGAUUGCUUCUGUCUUCACACCCACAUUGGAUGCCUUCUCGAAACACGCAGCCUUUAUCAUAUCAAAGAGCCUGAAAAGGCUAAAGGAUACAAGAAGAGAGGGUGAUUCAUCGAUUGAGCACACAGUUGUUGUGGAGCCCACAUCCGAAGCUGAAACCGUUUGGGCUAACCGCGUGCUCUCGGCCGCUGCUUCACUGGCACCCAUAGGGGGAUGCACCCCUUCAUACUUCAAUGCCGAGUCCAAAAUAGACAGCAUGCCAAUACACGACCAAAUCAAGGCUGCGGCAACAACACGAUGGCCCGCCGGACUCAAUGACUUUGUUCUUCAAUUGGAAGGCCUAUGGAGCGCCAACGACGACAGUGACUUUGAUAUAAAUAUUGUUCGAAAGGGCCUAGAUUAG